UUGUAUGCUUCAAAAAGUGAACGCGCCAAUGCAUUAUGCGAGAAAAAGGCCCUAUCGCUGAAAACCGAUACCAGGAAAAAUUUUUCUCUCGAGGGUUUUGUCUUUGAGACCUUAAACUUGUCAGUUUGGAAGGAUUUUCUUUAUAUGUGUAUGGGAAAAUGUCAGUGUCUUUCCUUCAACUUUCACGAGAGGAGGAAAACCGAGAACUGUGAAUUAAACGAUGCCAGCACCACGUUAGAGCCCGAUGCACUGACAGCGAAAGAAGGGGUGGUUUACUAUGAGCCAGUCAGGACAUACUACGACAAUAAGGUAGGUGCUGAUACCCUUUUUAGACGGAGAAAAUGAGUUUUAAUUUGAGUCUCUAGGAACUGUCGGAUCUGACAAUGCCAGGACAAUGCAUUGUUGCCACCUGGUAUGACAUUCACGAAAAAACUUCUAGGGCCAGAUAUUAAACAGAGUUUGGCAGGUGUUUGACAAACUCGUGCUCUAAAAUUCUCUUGAGUUUGCCCAAAGCUUUCAUCUUAACACCAUUUAUUGUGAACAGUUUCAGGAAAGCAUAUAGGUAGACUGGAAAAGCGCUUAUAAUUAUUUUCUUAAAUUAGCGCACUGAGAAAGAGAUCUGGAGGUCUAAUGAUGUCUUAAACCACGGCCUUAGUAAGACUUCGCUUAAAAUGGGCAAAUUCCCGUAUACGAGUUUAUUCGUUUUUUCGGAAUUCGCACCGCCCUCAAGAAAACUGUUGCAUGGGUUUCCCUUAAAAUUCUUUUAAGAUGUUGAAGGGUAAUCUAUACUUGAGCAUUAAGGCCUAUGACCGUAAAGCUUGAGCAGAAUAAUUGGCCUCAAUAUUUUAUCCCAUUAUCCAAAGUAUGCAUGCUAGGUGUUAGUGACCGUCAACGUAUAUUUAGAGCGCAAAAACUUAAAUUAGAAAUAGAACCAGUUAUAAAAACAGCCAUUCAAAAAUGGCUUCAAAAUAAGUCAUUAAAAGAACGACAGAAAAGUCUUUGCCCGAGCUUUGUUGAAUAUUUUGUUGACAGCCAAAUGGAUGACAUUUGUCUUUUAUGCCCAGUCCCCUUUCGAACCAGUUUCGAAUUUCAUCGCUUUCUUAAAAAUUAGCUUAAAAAGGCCCAGGUAUAAAGAUGACAAUGCCGCUAGUCUCAUACGAAAACCGAUAACUGCUCAGCAAGAAAGUUUUUUAAAAAAAUAAAGCCAUUUUGGACUGAAAAUAGCUUUAAUUGGUCGCGUGACGAUGAGUACCUCCAAUUAGCCAACAGGGCGUUUUUACUCGCGUGGCCAGCAUAAAUGCACAUUCAUUUGAACAAAAGAAAGCGUUUACACAAGGAAAGAGUUCAACUUCCACAGGAUUUGUUGGAAACACCAAAAUGGCCUCCUUUUCAUUGUUUUGGAACACCAAUAUGGCCGCCCUUGAACAAUCGCCAUAGAGUCUGAAACAGCGCAAGUUCGCAUAAAUUCCCCGCCGUCAUCGUUUUGUUGCUUAAGGACUCAACAACUGUACUAUUUUUUUUUCAGGGUAUUCCUAGCCAAAGCUGCUCUAAUCAAACCUGUCACAACAAAUGCUGUGACAUGUCACCAUGUCAGCACGGCGGCACCUGUCAUGGAGUGUGUGACGUCACAAAGAGAAGAAACAGGUGCACAUGCGCACAAGGUUUUAGCGGAUACAAGUGUCAGAUCAGACUGCCUCGGUCUUGUAAAGAUGUCAUGGUGUUGGAGAAUGCCACAAGCACUGGAAUCUACAAUAUCGUGGAUGAAGACAACAAGCGCUUCGCAGUGUACUGCGACUUUGGUUCCGAAUCUGGAGCAGCUUGGACCCUAAUUCAGUCUUGCUCCUUGUGGAACUUUUUGGACCACUUUCAAAGAAGACCCUUUUAUGCAUAUAAUAUGUCAAUAAAUCCUAAUUCACCUGGAUGGCAGAGCUACCGUCAGUCAUUACCCCGUAUGCAGUCGAUACGGAACGCAUCCACUCAUUGGAGAGCAACUUGUAAUUUUCCAACAGAUGGAGUGGACUACCGAGAUUACAGGAGAGUUUCAUUGCAAAACUUGGAUUUGACUGUGGAUAAUAAAAAAGGGGAUCACUGCCUUUUUUCUGAGCAUGUUAAUGUCCGUGGUAAUGAGUGCACAAACUGUACAGUUUGGUGCAUCUACAGUUCUACAUUGGAUCUUCAUAUGGAUAGCUGGGGUGGUACUGGAGGUUGCUCUUUCAACGGUCGGCCAGGGGGAAUACGCUCUGAGGAUAACUUUGGUUACUACACUAGCCGCAACCAUAAUUUCCGUUGUACCUCCUCCAUAAAUUCCACAACA